AUGUCGGACGCCCUCUGCGGACCCUCGAACGCGGUGCGGAAUCUGACCAAACACUCGUCAGUUGACCGCACUCUACAGCAGGACCGUUUAGUGUCACGACAGUCGCCUUCUCAAGGCUUUCGCUCAUUCGAUCCAAAUGUCGCAUCACUAGAUCCAGAAUUCGAGGCUUUCCAAAACGGCCACGCCCUCGCAGGUCCCUCAUGGGCUGCUUCUUCUCUCGACACCUUCCACUCGCAAACACCGCCCUUUCAGUCAGCCUCUCCGCUUCCGUCGGCUUCGUGGACCCAAGACUUCAAUCGCUUGUCCAUCUCGUCUCUGCAGCAACCACAACUCCAACCAGCUCCCCAAGCCUGGCACAAUCAUUUUGGCCAACAUGCACAACAGCCUGCUCCCCUACACGCUACUCCUUCCCGCAUGCAGCUGCCCUCGACAUCCUUCCUGCCCAUGCGCUCCGCUCCGCAUUACGCCUCUCAAUCCCUACCCUCUCACCAACAACACCUGCCCCAAGACCAAUUCGACGAAGCCGCUUUCGAAGCUGCCUUUGAUGCUGCUCUGCAAGAUGCUUCCAUGGACCAUGACUCUGCCAUGCAACAGGACGAUCAUCUAGACUCCUUUGACUUCGACUCGUUUCUCCCAGACAUCUACCCGCAUCUCCCGCUCUUCCGUCUUGCUCUAGCCAAUGCUUUGAUCACAAAUACAGACGAAUCACUUCAUCGAGCGGCCAAGGUUGUCAAUCUUCUCAUCCAACAUCCUCCGACCAUGGAUCCCGUCCAAGCCAUGCUGUUGCGACCUCUGUUGUCCGCCUUGAAUGAUCCCAAACGCACCUUGUUUCGGGAACGAUAUUGCUAUGAGCCCGCCUUGGAUGACAUGUUGGAUGGUCUUGCUCGGCAAAGUGAGAACACUCGACUUGGCAUAGAUGCUCAGACUGAGCAACUGUUGGCCUCGUACGCGGAUUUGCUAUGGCAGAGAACCGAGUCGAAUCACCUGCAGCCCAGCAAUGUUCCUCGUUCUGCCGACAAUGCUUACUGGCUUGACAAUUUCUUCCGGGAGGAGGAUUCGAUUGCUGCUCAGAACAUCACCCAGUAUUCUACAAAACUUUUGACCGAGAGCUUCAAUCGCCAAAUCAUAUCAGACCCCAAUUCCCAAGCCCUGAGCCGAGUGCUAGAUCUGGAGUAUGAAGUUUACUCUAGGCGGCCCGCUCUAGCGAACAUCGCCACGCAGCGACCAGUGUCUGAUCAGGAGCGAGAGACUAUGUUAUUUGAUAUGAUGGAACACAUUCUAGCGGCGCCAGAAACGGUCGAGGCUUUGGAAGCGGUGAAUUCACAUGCACUCGGAGACCAACAAACCCACUUCCGCCUGUCGGAGCAGCAGAGAGAAAGAAUGAUUGAGCGCCAGAGAGCGUUGGAACAAGAACACGCCAGAAAUCCCCUGACGCACGUCUCGCGGGAGAUUCCUAUCACGGCAGAAGAUAUCAUUGAGUCAGUGGAGGAAGACGCGUUGCCGGAUGUGAUGGAUGAGGAGUCAGAGCAACAGCGUCGAGAUCAGAGGGAGUUGGACCGGCAGAACGACGAUGAGCUAGCCCAAACUGCAGCCAAUCUACUUGAGCGUGUGUCUGACAACCAGACAUCGAAAUUCAAGAAUAGUGCCUUCCUUGGACUUAUGAGACAGCUUGCGGACAGAGAGAUCAGAGUUGAAGGAGACAAAAUGGUACCUGUGAGUACAUGA